GUGUGAGGGUGGAGGAGGCACGCGGGGAAGCGAGCGUGAGGAAAGAGGGAAAAAAAAACAUCACAAGUACGCUGGCGGAGAGGGGUCACGAACUAUGACCUUUAACAGAGGAAAAAAACACCACAAAUAUAUAUAUUUUUAAAAGGCCAACCGCCCUUAUCGAUGAACGGUCUUCUACUGAGACUUCACUAAUGACUUCCUGUCACCAUGACGAGCAGCCUGGAUCUGCUUUCUCAGCAGAGAGCAGACUCUGAACACGAGGCAGAGGGGGAAUCUUCACCAUCAGAGUCUGUGAUGAGUGAGUCUCCACAGCGGUUUCAGCUCAUCUCCACUGAUCCUGCCUCAACACCACAGCAAAUACACAUUCUAACUGAUCAGCAGACCGGCCAGAAGAUCCAGAUUGUGACAGCCAUGAACCCGUCCAGUGUUCCCAAACAGCAAUUCAUUCUGACUACGGCUGACAGUUCAGGGGCGAGCAAGGUCAUCCUUGCAUCACCAGAGAAUCACAGCCCAAAGCAACUCAUUCUCACUGCAGCAGACAGUUUAAUGCCUGGAAGAAUACAGAUUGUUACAGAUCCACUAUCAAUGGAACGGUUGUUAAACCAGUCAGGUGAUUUGAGUAGGCCGCAGCCAGUGGAAUACUGCGUGGUGUGUGGGGACAAAGCUUCAGGGCGUCACUACGGAGCCGUCAGCUGUGAGGGGUGUAAAGGUUUUUUUAAGCGCAGUGUGAGGAAGAAUCUGACCUACAGCUGUCGCAGUAAGCAGGACUGCGUUAUCAACAAACAUCAUCGUAACCGGUGCCAGUUCUGCCGUCUGAGGAAAUGCCUUAAGAUGGGAAUGAAGACUGAAUCUGUCCAGAGUGAAAGGAAGCCUAUUGAAGUUGUUCCCAGAGAGAGGCAUGCUAACUGUGCGGCUUCAACCCAGAAAAUCUACAUUCGCAAGGACCUAAACAGCCCGCUCAUUGCUACACCAACCUUCAUCUCUGACACUGACACAGACUGCUCCAGAUCCAGCCUGCUGGACCAGGGGAUGCUGGUUAACAUCCAGCAGCCUGUCAUUCAAGCUGAUGGAACUUUGCUUUUGGCAACUGACUCCAAGAUGGAUUCAGGGCAGGGAGACCUAGGUACACUAGCCAAUGUUGUGACAUCAUUGGCCAACCUGAGUGACUCCCUAAAGGAAAGCCUUAACGAUGGCGAUACGUCAGACAGCCAACAGGAGGCCCAUUCCGCCAGGGAAAUUACACGUGCCUUUGACACUCUGGCCAAAGUUUUCAGCCCACCUGAAGAAGGGCUGGAACAAAAUCUGGCAGAGAAAUCCCAGUGUGUCAGUGGAACCACAAUCCAGCUGAUUAGACGAGACCAGGAGACGCCCAUCAUUGAGGUGGAGGGACCAUUACUCACAGAUAGCCAUGUCAGUUUCAAGCUGACCAUGCCAAGCCCCAUGCCAGAGUAUCUGAAUGUACAUUACAUCUGUGAGUCGGCAUCCAGACUUCUGUUCCUCUCCAUGCACUGGGCACGCUCCAUCCCUGCCUUCUCUGCUCUUGGUCAGGAGGCAAACACCAGUUUAGUGAGAGCUUGUUGGAAUGAGCUUUUUACUCUGGGACUGGCUCAGUGUGCUCAUGUGAUGAACCUGUCAACUAUCCUGGCAGCCAUUAUCAAUCAUCUGCAAAGCAGCAUUCAGGACGAAAAACUGUCUGGGGAGAGAGUGAAGCAGGUGAUGGAGCACAUCUGGAAGUUCCAAGAGUUCUGUAACAGCCUGACGAAGCUGGAGACCGACAGUUAUGAAUAUGCCUACCUGAAGGCCAUUGUGUUGUUCAGCCCCGAUCACCCCGGUGUGGACAGCAGUGGGCAGAUUGAGAAGCUGCAGGAAAAAGCUCUGAUGGAGCUGCAGGACUAUGUGCAGAAAACCUACCCUGAUGACACAUACAGGCUGACACGCAUCCUGACCCGACUCCCUGCACUGCGCCUCAUGAACUCCAGCAUCACAGAGGAGCUCUUCUUCACUGGCUUAAUAGGCAACGUCUCCAUAGACAGCAUCAUCCCUUACAUCCUCAAGAUGGAGACGGCCGAGUACAACAGCCAAGACUCUGACCCCGCAGAAUGACCACAUUCACAGCUCCACAACAUUGCUAUUGAAACUUUAUUGAUCACCUUUGCAGGUACACUCCAUGUCUCUGAAGGUGUGUUGUGUCGAGCGACAUCCAAAAACCCUGCAGCAGUCCUUUGUUUUUAAAAAAAUGCAUAAUUCAGUUUAAUCAAUUUAAUUUAAAGCAUUAUUAGAUAGUGAACAUUUGAAUGAAUGAGAACAUCUUUGCAGCUGAUGCUGUCAAAAGUACUUAAAAAAGAAAUGUAAUCACCUGCAGUUAAGUGUGCAUAUCUCUUUAAAUGUAAUCAUUGCACUUCAGCCUCAUUGCAUUAACACCUGAUUCAUGCCUUUUAAACCUUUUAGUAAAACAAACCAUAAGAUGAAGAUGGUUUCAUAGAUGUUGAAAAGCUUCUCUUUGAUCCCAAUUUAUCAGAUAAUAUAGAACAUCAUCAUCAUGGAAGGAAACAUGCUUUUAAUGCUUAUGGUUCAAAGAAAGCAUUUGGCCUUUUUAAAGUGAGACCAAAGUAAGUUCAGUGUAAUUAAAAGCUGCAACGUUUUGUUUACAGUGGCUUUUUGCUCCUAAAGACUGUUUGAAUAGAACCUGUAGAAAAAAUUUCUACUGAAGUCCUGCUAUGAAUUAACAAAUGAUUCCUAAUGCUGUACAAAACAAAUGAAUGGAACCAUGAGUCUGACAGUUUGAUUUUAGAUCACCCUCACUUUAGGGUGGGAGGAACAUUUAGGAUGAUGAUUAAAGGAGGAAAGUAGACUCCUGCCUGUUAAAAUAUAUGUGGGCUAAGUAAGAUAUUUGAUCCUAGUGCUUUUAAUGAACUAUAAAAGUAUUAAAUUAGCUAGCACUUUCAUUGUAUUGCUUUUCAGUUUUGGCCUAUUUUCAAAGACUGAAAACAAGAUUUUUUUUGUGUGCUCAUGUGUUUGAUGCGGUACCUGCGUUUAUUUUUGUAUCAUGCUCUUAAGUUGGCUGUGCAAUCACCGUAUCACUUUUUCCCCUAUUGACAAUCAUUUGUUGUUUUCCUCUGACAUAUAGGUAUCAUGAAUGUGUUAGCAUUUUCUAUUUCAAAGGCAAAUAUUUCUAUUAAGAAACAUUCUAAAGAUUUCUGCUCAGAAGCCUUUUUUUUCUGUAUGUAGCCCCGCUACUGUUUGCAUUCUAGUGCACAAUAAUCAGCUUGAGCAUUCAGGCUGACUAAACCUUUGUGUUGUUUAUGUUUUGUGCUGUCAUUAGCUUUUUGCAUACAAAGUGUACUUAAAGUACUUUAGGGCAGGAUUCCCGGGUUAUUAGUUUAAAGAAAAGAGGAGAAGUAAGGCUUUGGGGAAAGCCAGCCUUGACUGUAUUGAUGUCUUGAAGACAGUAUAGAGAUAUGCAUCGGCUUUUCCUCAGGAGGAAUGAUUAAGAAGUCAUUGCAAAAAACAACAAAAAAAGAAACAUCUUAAAUGGAUGUACAUAAGUAAACCAGAAUCUUGUUUAGUGAAAUUAAUGUGAGUUGUAUUAUUAGGGUUUAAAACCUUAACAGAACGUUUGUUAAAGCACUAUUGUGGAAUGACAUUUGUUUGUGUAACUUUGUUGAACGGAGUGCAUGUUUUUAAGCAGGGUUUUUACAGUCCGUCAGCCCUUAUAAGGAUCAUUGUUAUUGUUUUUAUAGUACAUUGCAAUGCAUGAAAGAGUUGCUUAAGUACAUUAAAUGCAGUAUGAAACAUGUCUGUUUAAAUGUUAUGGCUUAAGUCUAUUUACAAUGAGCCGCUCUGACAUUAGGAUCUUGGAGCAUUUUUACUCCUUUUCUUUUGUAUUGAAAACCUUACUAACAUUUUAUACUGUGCAGUUAUUCCCUGUUUUUGCAGAAAUGUUUGUGUUUCAAUUUUUAGACUGAGAAUUUCCAACAGCAUUCUCAGCUGACCCGAGUUGGUUACAACCCUACAUUCUACCUCAGAUAGAAAUCUAAUGUAUUAAUAAUGAAUGAGCUCCUCUGUCAGCAUUCCCUGAUGCCAGCUUCUCUGAAGCCACAACAAAAUAAACAGUUCUUCAUUAAAUAUA